AUGCAGGAGCAGCAGCUUACGAGAGCCCACAGUCCUGUCUGGCUAUCGCCACAUUACACGCUCGCGACAGAGGAACUCAAGCUGGAAAUUGCCAUCGGCAUUGUCGAUGUGAAUCCCUGGUCCUUGCAGCUUGCCGAGCUGGGCGGCACGCUGGACUUGUCGAGCUGUUGGGCGUUGCCCGAGGUGGUAGGGCUGAUGACAAUCGAAGACGAGGAUAAGUGGUUAAUGCCACGGGGCAAGCCGAUCUGA